AUGUUUUAUUCUACCAAGUACAACUUCCAGUCCCAGGAAUGGAUUACAUCUUGUGGAGAGGAAGUUGGUGGCAAAAUUACCUCAAUGACCCUUGACUGCAGUCCCAACUUGGGGCAUCUCCGAGAAACACAGUUAUAUUUGAAAAGUUCUGAUAAGAAAGUAAAAACAGAGGCAGAAUGUUCCAAAAACAAUGAGAAACUCAAGGGGCGGGACUUGCAGGGAGUGAAGAAGCGGCCUGUCUUUGAGCAACAGCAACACAAACUGGCUGCCACCACAGGCUAGGGAAUAAAAGUCCCUUGAAAUUUCUAAGUGUUGGAAGAGCUGGAAGAAGACCAGAAAGGAAUAGGCAAGGGCACACCUAGCUGGGGCCUAGAGGAGGCCGCGGCCAUGACACCUACAAAAUGGACAGGGAUUGUAAUUGAACCUCCAAGGGUAGAUCCAAGAGCCACAGCAAGGCAGAACUCCCACAGCAUCAAAGUCAUCCUGAAGGAACUUUCAUGCUUGAUCAUGUCAAAAGAGAUCAUGAAGCUGCCACAGCGUCCAGAAGGACAGUGUGACAGCAAUUAG